CACUGCUGCAAGUUGCAACCCCCACCCACUCAUUUACGGCACAAACGAAAAUUUUCACUGUCACUGGUCGCUUUUCCGAGCUUAUCGUCCUGUCCCAACAACAGUGAAGUGCAGCAGCAGCAGCAGCAGGAGUGGGCGUCUCGUCGCAUACAGCCAACGGGGCCUGAGAAACUUGUGCACAAAACGCAACAAAAAAGCAAACAAAAUGAGCUACAAUGAAAAAACCGAAAGCAUCAGCAAGGAGGAAUGGCUGCAGCGUCUCGAGCAGUUCCCCUUUAAGCAGGCGGACAUGAAUCGCCUGAUUAUGAACUACUUGGUCACUGAGGGCUUCAAGGAGGCUGCCGAGAAGUUCCAGCACGAAGCCGACCUCGAGCCGAGCGUGGAGCUAAACAGCCUCGACGACCGCAUCCUCAUACGCGAAGCAGUGCAGGCGGGUCGUGUGGAGGAGGCCACCCACCUGGUGAAUCAACUGCAUCCGGAGCUGCUGGGCGGCGAUCGCUACUUGUUCUUUCACUUGCAGCAGCUGCAACUAAUCGAACUGAUACGCGCCGGCAAGGUGGAGGAGGCCCUGGCCUUUGCCCAAAGCAAGCUCUCCGAGUCCGGCGAAGAGGCCAUGUUCGAGCUGGAGCGCACGCUGGCGCUGCUCGCGUUCGAGAAGCCCCAGGAGAGUCCAUUUGCCGACUUGCUGGAGCAAUCGUAUCGCCAGAAGAUUGCCAGCGAGCUCAAUUCGGCAAUUUUGCGAUGCGAACACAGCGAGGACUCCACGCCCAAGAUGAUGUUCCUGCUGAGGGUUAUACUCUGGGCACAGUCCAAGCUCGACAGUCGCUCCAUAAGCUAUCCGAAGAUGAAGAACCUCGAGACGGCGCAACUUGAGCCAAAGUAGAGACCUUUCCCCCCGUACCCCUGCCCCUCUAAGGAUCACUCACUUCUACUGUAUCCUUUAUCAUUCUUUGUUUUUUUGUAUAAUGUGAAAUGUAUGUAUGUGUGCAGUGUAGGAUUUAUGCAGUGUUUAAGAAGUAAAUAAGUUAAACGAAAAA